AUGACCAUCGAUCCGCAGAUUCGUAUUCGGCCGUAUUCGCCUCUCAAGCCUCAACAAGGCAUUCUUACAUUCAACAACAAGGAAUACACCUGUCAUGUAGGAAGAAAUGGAAUUGGACAUAAAAUCAUGGAAGGAGAUGGCAUUACACCUGUUGGUGAUUUCUGUAUUCGGAUGGGUUUUUAUCGGCCUGACAAGGUGAAAUGUUUACAUUUAUCAAAUAAUAAUAAUUAUGAUGAUAAUAACAAAGUCAGAGAAAAAGCACACACCCACGAAAAUUCGUCUUUGAUUUCAAAAAUUACAGGCAUACCCAUGAUUGAAAUGAAACAAGAGUAUGGUUGGUGUGAUGAUAUGUUUGAUGAAAUUCACUACAAUCGAUUGGUGAGAUUGCCAAUUCCGUCAAGCCAUGAAAAAUUAUGGAGAGAUGAUGAUUUGUAUGAUAUUGUGUUGGUAUUGGGUUACAAUGACAAUCCAAUAAUACUUGGAAAGGGAAGUGCAAUAUUUAUGCACAUCACAAAUAAUGGUCCUACGAGUGGAUGUAUUGCCCUUGCAAGAGAAGAUUUGUAUGAAAUUUUAACGCAAAUUACUCCUUACACGACCAUCCAUAUUUCCAUAGAAUAA